UAAGUAAAAAUAAUAUACAUCGAGAAAGUGUUUAAAUGGAGUCUAUUUUUGUUCUAUCGUUUUAUCUUAGUUUCUACAUGUACUUAUUGUUGUUGCUUACUCACUUUACUUCCUAUACUUUCUCAUUAUGCAACCAUCAUGACAAGUUUGCCUUGUUACAAUUCAAAAACUCACUUGCUAUCACAUCAUCCAAACCUGAUAUUUGGUAUGUUUGUUCCUCUUUUUCUUCCAAGACAGAGUCUUGGACAAACAAUACAGAUUGUUGCGAGUGGGAUGGUGUCAUGUGCAACCCCGUGUCAGGUCACGUGAUCAGUCUAGAUCUCAGCUGCAACAAUCUGAAAGGUGUAUUACAUCCCAAUAGCACUAUUUUUCAGCUUAACAACCUUCAACAACUCAACUUGGCUUUUAAUGAUUUUUCUGAUUCUUUGAUGCAUGCUGAAAUUGGUAACCUUGUGAGUCUCACACAUCUUAAUUUAUCAAACACUGGUAUUAGUGGUAAUAUUCCCCACACAAUCUCUUACUUGUCCAAAUUAGUAUCACUUGAUCUCAGCAAUAAUGAGUACAUGAGCCUGAAACUUAAUCCAUUCACAUGGAAGAAACUCAUUCAUAACGCUACAAAUUUAAGAGAGCUUCAUUUGGAAGAUGUGAAUAUGUCUUCCAUAAGAGAGAGUUCUUUGUUGCUUCUAAAGAACUUGUCGUCCUCUUUGGUCUCUCUUAAUCUAGCAUUCACUGAGUUGCAAGGAAAUUUGUCUAGUGAUCUCUUCUCUUUACCUAAUCUAAAAUUACUAGAUUUGUCAUCAUCUUAUGAUAAUAAACUUGGCGGUCAACUUCCAAAGUCCAACUGGACCAGUCCUCUAAGGUACUUGGACCUCUCUAACAUAAUUUUCUCAGGUCAAAUUCCUAAUGUUUUUGAAAAUUUAAACAAAUUAGAAUAUUUAUCACUUUCCGGUAACAAUUUUAGUGGUCAAGUUCCGUCAUCAUUAUUUAAUCUAAUUCAGCUUUCUACACUAGAUUUAUCCAAUAAUAAUUUAGUAGGCCCCAUUCCAACUGAAAUCACAAAAGAUUCAAAAUUAGAAGUUUUGUAUUUGGAUAAUAAUAAAUUAAACGGAACAAUUCCACACUGGUGUUAUUCCUUGCCUUCGAUGUUUGUGUUGUCACUCGGUAACAACAAACUCACAGGAUCAAUUGGUGAAUUCUCAACUUAUUCUUUGAGUUAUCUGUAUCUCUCUAAGAACAACAUUCAAGGUGAAUUUCCAAAUUCAAUAUAUAAACUUCAAAAUCUUACUGUGUUAAGUUUGUCAUCAACAAACUUGAGUGGUUCUGUUGACUUCAACCAAUUUUCAAAUUUUAAAAAACUAUAUUACCUUGAUCUUUCACACAAUAGUUUUCUUUCUGUCAACAUUGAUAGCAGUGUUGACUCCAUCUUACCAAACCUUGAACAAUUAUAUUUAUCUUCUUGUAAUAUCAACAGUUUUCCUAAAUUCUUAGCACGACUUCAAAAUCUGCAAGUAUUAGAUCUCUCUAAUAACAAAAUUCAAGGGAAAGUUCCCGAAUGGUUUCAUGAGAAGCUCUUACACUCAUGGAAUAACACUGAAAUUAUUAAUCUCAGUUUCAACAAGUUGCAAGGAGAUCUUCCACUUCUUUCCAGUACAACACAAAUAUUUUACUUUUUAGCUUCAAAUAACAACUUCACAGGACAAAUUUCUUCAUCAUUGUGCAAUGCAAGCUCCCUUCAAGUCCUCAAUCUGGCUCACAACAAUUUAAAAGGCACCAUUCCACAAUGCCUGGGAGGAUCUCCUUCUCUUUUUGUAUUGGAUUUGCAAAUGAACAACCUUUCUGGAAGCAUACCUACAAACUUUUCCAAAGGCAAUUCCUUUGAGACUAUAAAGUUGAAUGGGAAUCGAUUGGAAGGACCAUUACCACACACUUUGUCUCACUGCACAUACCUUGAAGUUUUGGACCUUGGAGGCAACAAUAUAGAGGGUACCUUUCCCAAUUGGCUAGAAACUCUACAAGGCUUACAAGUUCUCAUUUUAAGAUCAAAUAAACUUCAUGGUCCAAUCACUUGUUCUACCACCAAGCAUUCAUUUUCUGAGUUGAGAAUUUUAGAUGUCUCCAAUAACAAUUUUAGUGGACUCUUGCCAACAUCAUGCAUCAAGAAUUUUCAAGGAAUGAAGAAUGUGAAUGUCACCCAAACUGGUUUGCAAUACAUGGGUGGUGUUGAUUACUAUAAUGAUUCAGUGGUGGUUAUAAUGAAAGGUUUUUCUAUGGAGCUAACAAGGAUAUUGACAACUUUCACAACUAUUGAUUUAUCAAAUAACAUGUUUGAAGGUGAAAUUCCAAAAGUCAUUGGAGAAUUAAAUUCUCUCAAAGGUCUUAACCUUUCAAAUAAUGGAAUCACAGGUACCAUUCCACAAUCUCUUAGUAAUUUGAGAAAUUUGGAGUGGUUGGACAUGUCAAGGAACCAUUUGAAAGGUGAGAUUCCAGAGAGUUUGACAAAUUUGAAUUUCCUAUCUGUCUUGAACCUUUCCCAAAACCAACUUGAAGGAAUGAUACCUACAGGUAAACAGUUUGACACAUUUGGAAAUGAUUCAUAUGAGGGAAAUGCAAUGUUGUGUGGAUUGCCAUUGUCUAAAUCAUGCAAAAAUGACAAAGAUCAGCAACCACAAUCAAAUGAUGAAGAGGAAUCAAGUUUUGGAUGGAAAUCAGUAGCAAUAGGAUAUGGAUGUGGUGCAGUAUUUGGAAUGUUGUUGGGAUAUAAUCUGUUCUUAACUGGAAAACCAAGAUGGCUUGCAAAUUUUGUUGAAAAUAUGUUUAGCAUAAGACUGAAAAGGAUAAACAACAUAAUUGGUGCAAAUCGCAGAUGAAUCAAAUAUAUAUAGAUAUGGUUAUUUGUAAUUUGAACUUGUAUGUUUCAAUAACGUAAUCUUAUCUAUUUUAAUUUCACUAUGUUGUCUAUUUCAAGUUGUUAUACAAAUAAGAAAAUUAG